AUGUCUGUUGCCACCAAGAGGAGAUACGUCACAAAAAUGAUGGAAAGCGAACUAGUUUUGCCCGAUGAGGAUGAUAAAGUAGCAUUAAUUCUUGCUUCACGGGGGAACAACCUUCAUGAGGUUGAAGACGAAAACGGGAAAAAUUAUUUGGUAAGUAUGCCUACGAAAUUCCGCAAAGCUGUUUGGAUAAAACGUGGCAAGUUUGUGUUAGUGCGUCCCAUCAAAGAAGGUUUUAAAGUGAAAGCUGAAAUCUCGCAUAUUUUAGAUGACGAAAAUAUCCUGUACAUAAGAGAAAAAAAGCUUUGGCCACAGAGGUUUGAAGCCUUUGCUGAGAAGAUGACUCGCGAGGCAAGAAGAAAUAAGGAAAGUACCGAUAAUAGGAAACAUGAGUUUAUUGACCCCGAUAUGCUCCCUCCCAGCGACAGUGAUGACGAAGAGGGUAGUGAUGACGGUAUAUUUUUCAUUCAUUGA